AUGUUGAUAGAUAGAGGUUCCGCAGUCAAUAUUCUCCCUUUAAAAACUCUGAAGGAGCUUGGCAUCCCGGUUGAUGAACUCUCCAAUAGCCGACUGAUGAUUCAAGGCUUCAAUCAAGGAGGGCAAAGAGCUCUUGGAUCACUAAAUUUGGAGAUAAUCAUUGAUGACAUGACGUCCAGAGCACUGUUGUAUGUGAUAGAUGCUAAAACAACGUACAAUGUAUUGUUGGGAAGGCCCUGGAUUCAUGAAAAUGGAGUUGUACCUUCAACUCUUCAUCAAUGCUUCAAGUACUGUCAAAACGGGGUGGCAAGAAGUGUGAAAGCUGAUGAUAAUCCUUUCACUGAAGCAGAAGCAUAUAUCGCUGAUGCCAAAUUUUACAUCAAAAGGCACAAUGCGAAGGAUAAGCCUGAGCAACCUCUAUCUAGGGAUAAAAUCCAGAACCACGAAUCUCCAAAUGCAAAAGGGGAGAAAGUGAUGACUUCGAAAUCAAAAGAGGAAGUUCAUGAAGAAACUGAUGUUUCAUUGCCAAACAAUGAAUCAGUUGUCUUUCGCUGCCCUCCCAAAUCAAGAAUGGAACAGGGACAGUCACCUGCAAUUCAGCAUGAAACUCUAAAAGAUUUGACUCUUCCGGUAGCUCAUCUUGAUACAAAAAAGGCGUCAUCUUCUCAACUUAAAAGGUCUAACUUUUUAACCAAAGAAUCUGAAGUUGAACAAGAGACCAUACCAAAGUCAAGAACUAAAGAAGGUUUUGAUCCUAUCGCUUAUAAGCUUCUCGCUAAGGCUGGAUACGAUCUCAAAGAAUCUGCGGUGUUAAAUGUUCCAGCCCGUCAAUCUACCAGUGACAUGAUUCAUGGGUUGAAUCCUACCCAAAAGAUGUUGAAGGAAAAAGGAUACGCCGUUGAAAAUCCCAAAUUUGGCCUUGGCUACUCCUCUCCUACACCAAUCCGCAUCAAGAUCAAUAGAGUUAGUAGCCAAUAUAUUGCUAUAGAGGAUGAGUCUUCUCAAAUAGUUGGUAAAUCUCAAGCUUUUCACGAAAAGGAAAAUAAAAUUCCACGGGUAUCUGUUUUUAAGAGAUUAGGAUCACAAAAAAGACAAAAAUCUCAAAACUCUCAUAAGAGUAAAGGAAAAAUGGCAAAGUCAUUGCAAAGUCUUGAAGAACCUUCUGAUUGUCCUCAUAAAUUUGGCAGUAUCAUUCCUUCGAGAAUGAGAAGAUGCACAGACCUUGUAAUAAAGUGUGGGACUGAAUUGAGGGUCAGGGAGUAUACCGUGGUGUACACAAGACCAAAAGAGGAUGAUGAAGAGAGUGUUGCUUCAUGCAACCAUAUAACCAUAAUUGACGGUGACUCGCCUGAAGAAGAAGAAGAUGCUGAAGACGCUCCACCUGAAUUGGAGGAAGGUGUUAAGGCUACUGUGGAUGAUCUAAAGGAGAUCAAUCUUGGUACUUCAGAGGACCUGCGUCCAAUAUACAUAAGUGCUUCGCUGAGUCCUGACGAAGAGAAGGCAUAUGUUGAACUCUUGCGGGAGUAUCAAGAUGUUUUUGCAUGGACUUAUAAAGAAAUGCCGGGUUUAAAUCCAAAAGUGGCCGUCCACCAUUUGGCUGUUAAAAAGGGAGUUCGACCUGUGAAACAAGCACAACGGCGAUUUAGACCUGAUUUGAUUCCGUUGAUCGAAAUGGAAGUCAAUAAACUCAUUGAAGCCGGGUUUAUUCGUGAAGUUAAAUAUCCCACAUGGAUUUCGAGUAUCGUGCCUGUGCGAAAGAAAAAUGGACAAAUCCGCAUCUGCGUCGAUUUCAGGGAUGUUAACAAUGCUUGUCCCAAAGAUGACUUUCCUUUACCGAUCACUGAACUCAUGAUUGAUGCAACUACUGGGCAUGAAGUUCUGUCAUUUAUGGAUGGCUCUUCUGGAUAUAAUCAAAUUCGAUUGGCACCGGAGGAUGAGGAGCUGACUGCAUUUCGUACUCCUAAGGGUAUUUAUUGUUAUAAAGUGAUGCCCUUUGGUCUCAAAAAUGCGGGUGCCACAUAUCAAAGAGCAAUGCAAAGUAUCUUUGACGACAUGCUUCAUAAGAAUAUCGAGUGUUAUGUGGAUGAUUUAGUUGUAAAAUCAAAGAAAAGAAGUAAUCACUUGGAGGACUUGAGACAAGUAUUUGAUCGAUUGAGAAGGUAUCAACUCAAAAUGAACCCUCUCAAGUGUGCAUUUGGAGUCACGUCGGGGAAAUUUCUUGGUUUUGUGGUUCGCCAUCGAGGUAUUGAAAUUGAUCAGGCCAAAAUUGAUGCUAUAUUGAGGAUGCCUGAACCUCGUGACAUUCAUGAAUUGAAAAGUCUUCAAGGGCGAUUAGCUUAUCUGCGGAGAUUUAUCUCAAAUUUAGCAGGAAGGUGUCAGCCAUUUAGUCGCUUGAUGAAGAAAGAUGUGCCAUUUCAAUGGGAUGAGACAUGUAGUAAUGCAUUCAAUAGCAUUAAGUCUUAUCUUAUGAAAGCACCUGUGUUGGCUGCACCUAUUCAUGGAAAGCCCUUACUCCUUUAUAUUGCUGCCCAAGAACGAUCGAUGGGGGCAUUGCUCGCUCAAGAAAAUAAUGAAGGAAAGGAGGUUGCCCUUUAUUAUUUAAGCAGAAUGAUGACCCCCAACGAACUAAAUUACUCGCCAAUUGAAAAGUUGUGCUUAGCCCUUAUUUUUGCAAUACAGAAGUUAAAGCACUACUUUCAAGCGCAUAGUGUGAGGCUCAUUUCCAGGGCGAAUCCCAUAAAAUAUGUGAUGAGUAGACCAGUGUUGUCCGACCGUCUAGCUAGAUGGUAUCUUCAACUACAACAGUUUGAAAUUAUUUAUGUGCCUCAAAAAGCUGUGAAGGGACAAGUUCUGGCAGAUUUUCUUGCUGAUCACCCGAUACCUGCUGAAUGGGAACUAAGUGAUGACUUACCGGAUGAGGAUGUACUCCUUAUCGAGAUUCGUCCACCAUGGAAGAUGUAUUUUGAUGGUGCGGCUCAUCGUCAUGGAGCUGGAGCAGGGAUUGUAUUCGUGACUCCUGAUGGAGGGAUAUUGCUAUACUCUUUUACUCUAAGUCAUCAUUGUUCAAACAAUGUCGCUGAGUAUCAAGCUCUCAUACUCAGACUUGAAAUAGCUGUUGAUAUGGAACAGUUGGACAUUCAAAUCUAUGGUGACUCUCAAUUAGUGGUUAACCAACUCUUGGGAAGUUAUGAAGUCAAAAAGUCCGAGUUAAUUCCGUAUCACAAAUAUGCAACGCAACUAAUGAGGCGGCUUGGAGGUGCAAGUAUUAAGCAUGUUCCUAGAAGGGAAAAUAAGCAAGCUGAUGCAUUAGCUGCGCUAGCCUCUUCACUUACCAUGCCGGAUCAUGAGAUACAAGUCCGUGUGUGCCGAAAGUGGGUAGUUCCAUCACUGAUUGAUGAUGAAAAUAUUGAAGGAGGCGACGCUCAUUUGGUCUCAACCUAUGAAAUUGACAAAGAAGAUUGGAGACAACCCCUCGUUGAUUAUCUCAAGUAUCAAAAAUUACCUGAGGAGCAACGUAGAAGAACUGACAUUCGUCGUCGAGCCCCUCGUUUUAUCUUGUACAAGGACACGCUGUACCGAAGAUCAUUUGAAGGUGUACUGUUGCGCUGUCUGAGCGAAGACGAGGCAUAUCAGGCGAUGCACGAGGCACAUUCUGGAAUAUGUGGAGCACAUCAAUCCGGUCCCAAGUUACAUUUUCGGAUUAAAAGGAUGGGCUACUAUUGGCCUACUAUGGUCAAAGAUUGCAUAGAAUAUGCUCAAAAAUGUCAAGCUUGCCAGUUUCAUGCAAAUUACAUUCAUCAACCACCCGAGCCGUUACACCCGACCGUUGCUUCUUGGCCUUUUGAUGCUUGGGGCCUUGAUGUUGUGGGGCCAUUACCAAAGUCGUCCGGUCAACACUUAUAUAUAUUGGCUGCGACCGACUACUUUUCUAAGUGGGCUGAAGCCAUACCGCUCAAACAAGUUAGAAAGGAAGAUGUGGUGAAUUUUAUUCGUGUGAAUAUUAUUUACCGUUAUGGAGUUCCCCGGUACAUUAUCACUGAUAAUGGAAAAUCCUUCUCCAAUGGCUUGAUGGAUAAGUUAUGUGAGAAAUUUAAUCUCAAGCAACGAAAGUCCUCCAUAUAUAAUGCCCCCGCCAAUGGUCUCGCAGAGGCAUUCAACAAAACUUUAUGUAACUUGUUGAAGAAAGUGGUGGCAAAGUCAAAGAAGGAUUGGCACGAAAGGAUAGGCGAAACUCUUUGGGCCUAUCGCACCACAUACCGAACUCCGACGCAAGCCACACCAUAUGCCUUGGUCUAUGGUGUAGAAGCUGUUCUGCCCCUUGAGCAACAAAUUCCUUCUUUGAGAAUUGCUAUCCAAGAAGGGCUCACGGAGGAAGAAAAUGUUCGCCUGCGCCUUGAAGAGUUGGAAGCUUUGGAUGAAAAGAGAUUGGAGGCCCAACAAAAUCUGGAGUGCUAUCAAGCCCGUCUCUCUAGAGCUUUUAAUAAGAAAGUUCGACGUCGCUCCUUUCAAGUCGGGGACAUGGUACUUGCCGUUCGAAGGCCAAUAGUUAUGACUCAUCGCACUAAAGACAAAUUCGUCUCUAAAUGGGAUGGGCCGUACAUUGUUCGAGAAGUCUACACGAAUGGUGCGUACAAAUUAGUGGACAAAGAUGGCGUGAAAGUUGGUCCUAUAAAUGGAAAAUUCGUGAAGUUAUACAUGCCAUAA